AUGGUUAGCACAAUACACAACACCUUUGUCCACGUCUUGUUCAUGGACUCCUUCCCGACAGAUUCAAAGAGCCCGAGCAAGUCCUUGCCAAGGCGACAAGUUCUCCUCCUGUGCUUCGCGCGCAUGAUGGAGCCCAUCGCCUUCUUCUCCAUCUUCCCCUUCGUCGCGCAGAUGGUCCAGCGGAACGGGCGCCUGCCCGAGUCCGACGUCGGCUUCUACAGCGGCCUCAUCAAGUCGCUCUUCUCCGCCGCCUCGGCACCCGCAGGGUCCUGUGCGCCUGCGGCACCGCCUACCGGGUCACCUUUGCCGGCUACGCCGUCCUCAACUGGAUGCUCCGGCGCGAACCCGGCGUUCUGGCCCCCCCGCACCCUCGGCACCCUCAACGCCCUCGCCCUGACCGUCUCCAGCGCCGUCCGCGCCGUCGCCCCCGGCGCCACCUCGGCCCUCUACGCCAUGGCCGUCCGCAGCGGCCUGCUCGACGGCCAGCUGAUCUGGUUCGGACUCGCGCCCCUCUCCGCCCUCAUGGGCGUCGCCGCCGGCGGGCUCCCGAAGGAGAGGAAACCGAGAGAGGCCGAUGAGGUCGGCAAGCCCUGA